AUGCUUCUCAAGUCUAAACCUCCUACCCUUCCUACUCGCCGUUCUAUUCGUGAAAAAUCGUCUCGAGUUGUUGUUCAGAAAUACAUUGAUAUCAUGCCAAAGAAACGUACAAUAGCACAUACAGACAACGAGAGCGACUCUGACUUUAGCGAUAAAGAAACGACUUAUGAUAAGCAUAUUCACAAAAAGCCUAGACCUGCUUUAAGGAAUACUGCCAAUGCACCUGCUAAAGCACUUGUUCCUUCUCGUCACAACAAAAACUUUGAUGCAUUGUCUAUACUCCAUAAGAAAUUCAAAGUACCUACUAUGAUACCUAAAACAGAUCAAAAGAAUAAAUCUGUUGUUGUAGAACAAGACAGCAACUUUGGAGAACGAAAAACACUAGGCAUUCGACGAAGACCAGGUCAUCUUAUGAGAGCAUUGUACGAUCAUACGGCUGAGGGUGCUAUUGUGCUUUGGGAUCCUGAUCAUCAACCUGUCAAAGAAGAAUUAAAAAUCACAACAGAUCAUCCCCCAGCCAAAAAGAAAGAAAAGUCUUUAUCUGAAAUCUUGGGUCUUAAAAAAGAAGAAAAGAAGUUGGUUCAUGUUGUCGUUGAUCCUACUCUAACCCGAGUGCUUCGCCCACAUCAAGUAGAAGGUGUCAAAUUUUUAUAUGAAUGUACAACAGGACAAGUGCAUCCUUCUGCCUUUGGAUGUAUUAUGGCUGAUGAAAUGGGUCUGGGAAAGACACUGCAAUGUAUCACACUUGUCUGGACUUUACUUCAACAAUCAGGCGAAUUAGGUAAACCCACCAUUCAUAAAGCUAUCAUUACUUGUCCUUCUAGCCUUGUUAGAAACUGGGCAAAUGAAUUUGUAAAAUGGCUUGGUGAAUCGCGUGUACAGCCCUUAGUCAUGGACAAGGCCAAUGCAAGUAGCAAGGAAAAAAUUUCGGAAAUCAAGCGAUGGGGAGCAAAGCAAGGCAAGAUGCCCAAUCCAAUUCUGAUUAUUUCUUAUGAAAGCUUAAGAGCCUACAGCAAAUACUUGAACAAAUCACCCAUUGGUCUUUUAUUAUGUGACGAAGGCCAUCGUUUAAAGAACUCUGAAUCAAAACUCUUUCAAGAACUCAACAGUCUUCCAGUCAACAGAAGAGUGAUUCUCUCGGGUACCCCUAUCCAAAAUGAUCUUAGUGAAUAUUAUUCUUUACUUGAUUUCGCUAAUCCUGGUUUACUUGGUACACCUAACGAAUUUAGAAGAAAUUAUGAAAAUCCUAUCCUUAGAGGUAGAGAUGCAGAUGCAUCAGAAAAGGAACGAGAAAUCAGUGAUGAAAAAGUAGCCGAGUUCUGGAAGAUUGUAUCCAAAUUCACAAUUCGUCGAACCAAUGAUAUCCUUACUAAAUACUUACCUGUUAAAUACGAACAUGUUGUGUUUUGUAAGUUAUCUCCUUUGCAAGAAGCAUUGUAUAAUGUCUUUUUGACUUCACCUUCUAUCAAGACAUUGUUACGUGGUGAAGGUAGUCAACCACUGAAGGCUAUUACUUUAUUGAAAAAGCUUUGUAAUCACCCUAAACUCUUGAAUUUGCCCGAAGACCUUGACGGUUGUGAAUCAAUCUUGCCCUCAGAUUACAAUGCUCAAAACAAAUUGGAUGCUUCUUACUCUGGCAAAUUUGUUGUUCUUGCUCGUAUGUUGGCCAAGAUCAAAAAAGAAACAAAAGACAAGAUUGUUUUAAUCAGCAACUAUACACAAACAUUGGAUCUAUUUGAAUCCUUUUGUAAGCAACAACAAUAUGGUUUUGUUCGAUUGGAUGGAUCCAUGACAACACCAAAGAGACAAAAACUAGUUGAUCGUUUCAAUGAUCCUGAAGGUGAUGAAUUUGUGUUCUUAUUGAGUAGUAAAGCAGGUGGUUGUGGUCUUAACUUGAUUGGUGCUAAUCGCCUCGUCUUGUUUGACCCUGAUUGGAAUCCUGCUGCUGAUCAACAAGCUUUAGCGCGUGUCUGGAGAGAUGGGCAAAAGAAAGACUGCUAUAUCUAUCGUUUCAUUGCCUCGGGCACCAUUGAAGAAAAGAUAUUUCAGCGUCAAUCUCAUAAACAAUCCUUGUCUAACUGUGUUGUGGAUGAAGCGACAGACAUGGAAAGACAUUUCUCUGUGGCAGACAUGCGUCAAUUGUUUGCUCUCCAUACCAAGAGUGAAUCAGAAACACACGAUACAUUCAAAUGCAAGCGUUGUAUUCAAGGUAAACAACAUUCGCCUGCUGAAUCCAUGAAUUAUGGUGACUCAAGCACGUAA